CGACGUGAUGACGCAGCGGUCCAAACAGGAAGUUGAGGGCAGCACGUUGUCCACGCUAGUUUGUGUCAGCUGUGAAUCUGCUGUUGAUGCCGGAGGACUGAUUCUUCAUGAUGGCAGCAGGCAGGCUGAGCUUCAGGAACAUCACCGCCCUGGCUCCGAUGGUGCGGGUCGGGACUCUGCCCAUGAGGCUGUUGGCUCUGGACUACGGAGCUGAUGUGGUUUACUGCGAGGAGCUGAUUGACAUCAAAAUGGCCAAGUGUCAGAGAGUGGUGAAUGAGGUGCUGCACACGGUGGAUUUCGUGGCUCCAGACGACCGAGUGGUGUUCAGGACCUGCGAGAGGGAGAAGGACAGAGUCGUCUUCCAGAUGGGGACGGCCGAUCCAGACAGAGCGCUGACCGUGGCUCGACUUGUGGAGAAGGACGUGGCCGCCGUCGACGUGAAUAUGGGCUGUCCGAAGGAAUACUCCACUAAGGGCGGGAUGGGAGCUGCUCUUCUGAGCGACCCUGACAAGAUCGAGGCGAUCCUCAGGAAGCUGGUCACAGGCGUGUCCAUACCAGUGACGUGUAAGAUCCGGAUCCUUCCUUCGUUGGAGGAAACGAUCCGACUGGUUCAGAGGAUCGAGAAGACGGGCGUCACUGCUGUGGCCGUCCACGGCCGGUUGAAGGAGGAGCGUCAGAGACACCCCCUCCAUUGUGACUACAUCCAGGCCGUCGCUCAGGCUGUUUCCAUCCCCAUCAUCGCCAAUGGAGGUUCUCUGGACCUGGUGAAGACCAACGCCGACAUCGAGGAGUUCAGGAGGGUGACCGGCGCCUCGUCCGUCAUGUUGGCUCGAGCCGCCAUGUGGAACCCGUCGGUGUUCGUCAGCCAGGGACCACUUCCUGUGGAGAGGGUCAUGGAGGAAUACCUCAAAUACGCGAUCGGGUACGACAACAACGCCUUCAACACCAAGUACUGUCUGUGUCAGAUGCUGAGAGACAAGGUGGAGUCUCCUCUGGGGAAGCAGUUGCAGGCGGCUCAGACCAACGCUGAGAUCAGCGCGGCGUACGGGCUGCAGGAGUUUUACCAGCAGACGCAGGAGCAGCUGCAGACCAGGAGGGACGCGCUGCAGAGCGGCAGCCAGCCCGACCGGCCCGUCGUGGACGGAGACCUCACCACCAUGGCCGUCAAGUUCGAACGGAGGGAGUAUCCCCCUCAGAUCACUCCGAAGAUGUUCCUGCUGGAGUGGAGCCGCAAAGAGAAAGGGGAGCAGCCGCUGUACGAGAUGGUGCAACGUUCACAGGAUCGAGGCUUUCAGGCGACUGUGACUGUAGCAGGAAAGAAAUACAGAUCUUCACUGUGGGAGAAGUCGAAGAAAUUUGCCGAGCAGGCAGCUGCCGUCGUCUGCCUGCGAGUCCUGGAGAUCCCUGAGGGUCGCAUCGGCGAGGAGGAGUCCGGCCUGGUCUGCAAGAGGAAGAGGGACGGGAAGACGAACGGCACCGCGGAGCAAGAAAGAAGCAAGAAACAACACCUUUCUGCCGAGAACCAGCAGGAAACGCAAACCUCAAAGACUCCGGCGGUGGCCAAUGGUGACAGUCGUAGAGCAGACACGAUUCCAGAGCAGCUGUGAAGUGUUUGUAAGGACAGUGGUUCGUUUUCCUUAUGUCACUUCCUGUCUGGAACGAAAACUAAAUUUACAUCAGCUGCUCGAUUCUGCCUUUUUACAUGAACAGACUCUUACUUCUUUUUUACUUAAUUUAAAACGGUUUUCAUUUGUACACACUGAGACGUGCUCAGUGAAAACUGUCUCACCCCAGAUCAGCUGUGACAGAUUCACUUACAUUAACUUGGAUGAAGUGAGUUUGAACCAGCAGGCGGCAGCACUGAGCUCUCAGCUCCAGUGUCAUCAUCUCAUUUCAGAGGUUUGAGUUUGAACCUGGUGCCUUAAAGAGGACGUUUUAUUUUUCAUUCUGAUUGUUCAUCAUCUUUCUCCUGAUUCAAUCCUUUAGUUUCUGCUGGGAAUGACUGAGGUUGGUUUAAAAGACGUUACGUGUAUUAAACAUGUCGUAAACAUGUCGUAAACAUGUAGUAAACAUGUCGAGCAGACCCCAGGUGCCAUAUCUUUUUGUUAAUCCUCCUCUGUGUGCUUUUAUUUCACUUAAGCUAAAAGAAAUCUGUAUCUUCCACAUUGUCGGUUUCAUUUUAAAGAAGAAGCUGCUUUUUAUUUUCCUCUUUUUAUUUCGUCUCCUGACGCUGUUUCAACGCGUGUUGCGUUCAGGUUCCUCCGGGUCAGUGUGUCGACGCAGAUAAACGGAUCAAUUAUCUCGAGGUUAAUUAAUCUGAAAGUCCUGAACUGAACCUGAGAGGGAAACGCCCCGCUCUGACGUCACCACCGGGCCGGCUAAUGGGGCCUUCAGGGCCACUGUGGGAAGUACAGCUCUCAGGAUACAGGCUGUUGCUCCGUGUGAAGCCGAGUGUUUAAAAGUCUUAUAAAGAUUAUAAAUUACUUUGUUUUUUGUCAAACUUUCAACACGUCCUGGUGUAAACAGACAUGUUCAACCUGCCGAGCAAGAAGAUGCACAAUAAACCUUGGUCUCAUGCAGACAAAUAAAGUGACAACAGCAAAAUCAAACAAGUAGAUUCACGG